GCCUGUGUCAGGCAGAGCCCAGCCUGACGGCCUCAGCCAGGCGCACCACCAUUCGGGGCUAAAUUGACUGCUCAGAGAUACAGGAGCCCAGCUUGCUGGUUUGCUGUGAGAUAUGGCAAAGGGAAGUCAUUGACACCUGCAUCUCCUGCUGCCGGGAGUAGGUCGAAUUUGCCAGUGACAAAUUCGCCAGUGUCGUUGGCUAGCCACAGCAGGUGGUUCUUGGGGUACACCUUUACCAAGUGCCUGCGGAGAUGCCAUCAACCCAUGUUCCUGCCUGUUUGCUGUUUACCUUUCAGUAGCCAGAAAGUCAACUGUGCUGAAGAUGAUGACUCAGAUGCUUCUGCUCUUGCUGUACGGCUUCAUGUUUCUUUUGGCCACAGAGUCCUGCAGGACGUUAUGCCAGGCUGCCAGCAAGAGCAAGGAGCAGGUAUCUACCAGGGCACACGGUGAAUGCCAUGGCGCUUGUGUGGACAAUUCCUACUGCAGCCAACCUUGCCCUCCAGACACUCCGGGGGAUGUGGGGUUUUUAUGCAGGCAAAAGAAAUGGCACAAAGUUACUGACACCUGCCGGACUCUCACCGCCUUCAACAUCUUCGAGGAAGAUUCAACUCAUGUUCAAAUAUUUGGAGGAUCAAAAUUCAGUGAAUAUACCAAGAAGCCUGAGACCAUUACAGAUUUGUUAAUGGAAAAGUGUCCACAGGAUCUGUCCUGCGUGAUCAGGAACAUUCAGAAGUCUCCCCGGAUUCCAGGAAACAUCGCUGUAAUUGUGCAGCUCUUACACAACAUCUCCACUGUGCCAAUGACGGAUGUUGGUGAGGCAAAGAUGCAGAGUUACAGCAUCAUGGCCAACCACAUUCUUAAUAGCAAAAGCAUCUCAAACUGGACUUUCAUCCCCGACAGAAACAGCAGCUGCAUUCUGCUACAUUCAAUCAAUUCUUUCGCAAGAAAGCUAUUUUUCAAUAAGCAUCCCAUUGACAUAGCAGAGAGCUUCAUCCAUACGGUGGGAACCAUCCUCUCUAGAGACAAUGCCGGAAAGAAUUUCACCUUUUCAAUGAGAGUUAACGACACCAGCGACGUGGUCACGGGGAAAGUGUUGAUCAGUAGAGAGGAACUUCAGGAGGUGCCUUCUCCUUCCCAGGCUGUCAGCAUCGCAUUCCCAACUCUCGGGGCCAUCUUAGAAACCAGUGUUUUGGAAAGCAUCACCGUGAAUGGGCUUGUCCUGUCUGUCAUUCUGCCCAAGGAAGUUGAAAGAAUCUCUCUGAUUUUUGAAAAGAUCAGCAAGUCGGAGGACAGGAGGACACAGUGUGCAGGCUGGCACUCUUUGGAGAGCAGAUGGGACCACAAGGUCUGCCAAAUGAUUCAGGAGAACUCCCAGCAGGUGGUUUGCAAAUGUAGCCCAAGCAAGAUAUUUACCUCUUUCUCGAUUCUGAUGGCACCCCACGUCGUGCAGAGCCUGAUCCUGAUUUACAUCACCUACAUAGGCCUGGGUGUUUCUAUUUGCAGCUUGGUCCUCUGCUUGUCCAUCGAGGCCCUGGUCUGGGGCCAGGUGACGAAGACAGAGAUCUCAUUCUUACGCCACGUGUGCAUUGCUAACAUUGCGACCACCUUACUGAUGGCUGAUGUGUGGUUCAUUGUGGCUUCCUUUCUCAGUGGUCCAAUGAGGCGCCACAGCGCAUGCGUGGCAGCAACCUUUUUUGUUCACUUCUUUUACCUUUCUGUGUUUUUCUGGAUGCUCGCCAAGGCACUCCUCAUCCUCUACGGAAUCCUGAUUGUCUUCCAUAUGUUGCCCAAGUCCGUCCUGGUGGCAGCUCUCUUUGCGGUGGGCUACGGGUGCCCUUUGCUCAUCGCCGCUAUCACGGUCGCUGCCACUGAGCCUGGCAAAGGUUAUCUCCGGCCUGAGGCCUGUUGGCUCAACUGGGACAUGACCAAGGCCCUUCUGGCUUUUGUGGUUCCGGCUCUGGCCAUUGUGGUUGUCAACCUGCUCACAGUCACAGUGGUGAUUGUCAAGACCCGGCGAGCGGCCAUCGGCAGUUCCAUGUUCCAGGAGGUGAGGGCCAUUGUGAGGAUCAGUAGGAACAUUGCCAUCCUCACGCCACUGCUGGGACUGACCUGGGGAUUCGGCAUAGCCACGGUCCUCAAUGACAGCUUGCUGGCUUUCCACAUCAUCUUCUCCCUGCUCAAUGCCUUCCAGGGCUUCUUCAUCCUGGUGUUUGGAACAAUCCUGGAUCCAAAGAUAAGAGAUGCCUUAAAGGAUCGAGUAAACUCUGCAAAAUGGAUCUCCAGGAUCUCAGAGAAUGUUUCUUCUGAUUUCUCUCGUCACCCCACCAAAGGGCCAAGCUAGUAAGCCAAGCUAUACUCCUAACUUGGGAGGUCAUACAUUUCAGGAGUGGCAGAGACCCCAGGAGAAAUGUCCUGAUUCAUGUCUCGUGUCUUCUUGCCUCCAAAGAGUAUGAAGGAAGCCUCCCUCUUGGUGGUGCUGACGGAGGAGGGCGUGAAGAGAGGAUGGAAGGCCCCUCUGUCUAAGCUGUUCUGGGUUGCUGACCUUUUCCCCAUCCACCGUCUACAUGUAUAUGCCAUGCUGGGUAUCCAACAGCGGACAGCAGAAUCCUGGUCUUGCCAGGGUCUCCAGCCUUGUGCUGUUGGAAUCAGGAAGAGAGCUCUGGCCUGUCUUGGCAGUGGUGGCCAGGGAUGUCACCCAGCUGGAUUCUAUGGGUGGCUGAGGGAGGGCCCUCAUGCAUAGUCACCAACGUUGGGCCGACUCUAAGUAGGUCAUUGUUCUUUGGACAAAAGGAAUUCAAGGGCCAGUAUGUUCCACCCCUCCACCUUUAAAUUGAUUGCAUGGUCAGCCUAGUGUGGGCUUAGAUACAACUUCUUUGGCCGUGAACCAAGCAAAACCAUAGAGCUUUGGAACAAGAAAGGUGUUUAAGUUAAGGAGACUGAAGGCUGCAGUGACAAGUAACAGCUAAUAGAGGUUUAAGCCAGAGGUAAAAACCCAAGACUGUUGAUUCCUAGCCCUGGAGUUUCUCCUCAAGACCACGGGGCCACCGAGGGUCUCUCUGUCUACUCUGACUAUGUAAGAGGUACUUGCAUGCUAAGUUGCUUCAGUGGUGUCUGACUCUUUACCACCCUAUGGACUGUAGCCCGCCAGGCUCCUCUGUCCAUGGGCUUCUCCAGGCAAGAAUACCGGAGUGGGUUGCCAUGCCCUUUUCCAGGGGAUCUUCAAGACCCAGGAAUCGAACCCAUGUCUCCUGUGUCUCCUGCAUUGGCAGGUGGGUUCUUCACCACUAGCGCCACCUGGGAAGCCCAUGUAAGAUGAACCCCCAUCGAAUAAUAUGGUGUUUUGAAACCGGGGAUGAGGAAGGAGAAAUAUUAUAUUUCAAAGAGAGAGUUACUGAUUUUCUUACCUUGUAUGUAAACAAAUUCAAUGUUCAAAUGAGGAGCCACCUGAUAGGAGAACAGUAUUACAGAUAAAAAUCCUUCUAGGAAAAAAAAAAAAAAAGGUCCUUUUUAAAGCAAGCACACAGUUCGAUGCAGCAGGAAAAAAAAAUUAGUGAAUAAAGGACAAGAGGCAAUGAGUAGCCCUUAGUUAUCUCCCCAAGAAGUCAGUACUGGGACUUUCCUGGUGGCCCAGUGGUUAAGACUCUAAGCUCCUUAUGCAGGGGGGCUGAGGUUUGAUCCGUGGUCAGGGAACUAGAUCCCACAUGCUGCAACUAAGAGCCCGCAUCCUGCAACUGAGAUCCUGCACAGCCAAAUAAAUAAAUGAUUUUUUAAAGUUAUAUACAAAAGAAGCCAGUAUUAAUGAUGUUACAUUACAAAUGGAAAAGGGUGACUCACUUUGUGAAUGAGGGGUGUCAUGUUUUUUUUUUUUUUACCACAGAAAACUGUAGUAAAACUUUUUUAUUCUCUCUCUCUUUUUUUACUAUAGAAAAUUUCCUCUAAGUAGGAAUGUUUAAGAAAGCAAAAAUAUAAUAAUCAGAAGGUAGAAAAAUAUACCAACCGGGAGAAUGAGUCAUCUUCUAAGUGGUAUUGUUCAUCUUGGGACAACAAUUGCACCCUUUGCAGACGAGGUCAGAAAGAAGUUUUAAUUUGACAUUUCCCAGUGUCUCUGUAGGGUCUCUUCAAGGGAAGAGCAUGGAGCAGACACAGUCCUGGUUUUCCCGAUGCAGAGACUUCCAUAUGAAGAAAGGUCACUUACCCCAAAUCAACAUGUUGAAGGAAGGACGCAAUGUCAUGGAGCUAGAUGGUUUUAGGAUUUAUAAUUCUGAAAAAAACUUUAGAACAGACUGAGUCCAACGGCCUCAAUUUACAGAUGGAAUGUCUGAGCCUGAGAGAGAGAGGUUGAGAGACAGAGAGACUGGCCUUUCAUCUGUAUUGUGAAUUUGGCAACCACAUUUCAUGUGAAAGCACCCUCUGCUCCGAUGCACUCACUCCCUAAGAGAGGAGGUGCGAAAGACUCUAUGUUGGGGUUAUUAUUCAUUAAGAAAGCCUCAUGAAGGACUUCCCUGGUGGUCCAGUGGCUAAGACUCAGCGUUGCCAGGGCAGGGGUGAAGGUCAGACCCCUGGCAGGGAAACUAAGAUCCCACCUGCUGCGUGGUGUGACCUAAAGAUAAAAAAUAAUUGAAUAAAAGCUCAUGGAUGCUAACAGAGAAACCCCACAAUCAUUUGACGAUCCCUUGGAGAAGUCCACCCUCCCUCUUGUGGCCCACACUUCAGUCUGUCCCAUCCUGAAAGGUGACAAAGAACGGCAUGGAUCAGGCUGACCAUGGAAGACCCAGGGUGGAGAUACGUGGAACGCCCCGUUCACAUCUCACCAAGGAAGUGACUUGGCCAGGUGGCUCAAGGAGAAACUGGUGCUAGUGGUGUCUAAGGCAGAUUCUUGGGCAGAGCAUUUAGUACUUGAUAAUCCUUGGGACAGUUAUUUAAAUUCCUGGGACAUUGAUUUUCCCAACCAGAAAUUGAGAAUAAUGGUGCUUACCCUAUAGGGCUAUUGGAAAGAUUAAAUGAACAAAUGUAGAUAAAGUACUGAGAAUAGGACUUGGCAAAUAAUAAUUGGCAUUAAAAUGUAAGCUGUUUGUAAUAGAGUACCUAUGAAUUCAUGUAUGUGCAUGAGUGUGGAUCAGACACUCUCAUAGGAGUUGGUUCAUUGACAUCUAAUUUCUUCUCUUUUUAAAGAAAAUUUUUGGGCCGCGAAGCAUGUGGGAUCUCAGUUCUCCAAUCAGGGAUCGAACCUGUGCCCCCUGCUUCAGAAAUGUGGACCACCAGGGAAGUCUUGGUUCACUGGCAUCUAGAUGAAAGUGUUGAGCAUUGGAUUCAGUUUCUUUCAUCAGGGUGACUAGCCAGCAAAAUCUACUGAAGGAUCUUUUCACUCAGUGUUUACAGAAUUGUGAUACUUGGUAUCCUGCCCUGGGAGGAGUAUAUUUCAGAGACUAUACACGUAUCCAGGGCCUUCUGUGUCCGAACUGUGCAUCACUUUUUGCCUUCCCUGUAAAGCCUUCCCUGAUCAGUCCAACCAGAAGUGCUGAUUCUCUCCACUGAUUUCCUGCAAUAUGUAUAUCUGGCCCAUUCACUGUUGAGUCAGUAUUUAUUGUGUAGUAUUAUUUACUUUUAGCCUUCUUGUGUGCAUGUAUUUUCUUUCCCAGAUAAGACCAUAAACCUUUGGAGACAGAUUUACCCUUGUUACUCGAUAAGUCACUUGCUUUGUAUGUCCAAAGAGCAGA